CGAGAGUCCGGCCAGCGCUCUCCCGCGCCUCUUCCUCGUGUGCUCUCUGGCCGUCGAAGUUCCCGAAGCCGCCGCCGCCUCCUCACCCCGGGACCGUCCGGAUUAGCCCGCCAAGAUGAGCACGACGACCUCGACCCGGUCUUCUUACCGCCGCAUGUUCGCGGGCGGCAGCCGGCCCAGCACCGGCGGCAGCUCCCGUUAUGUCACGUCUUCGAGCCGCUACUCGCUGGGCAGCGCCAUCCGGCCGAGCAGCGUCCGCCUGGUCUCGUCCUCGGCGCCCGGCGGCGGCAUCUACGCCUCCAAGUCGGUGCGGUUGCGCAGCAGCCUGCCGCCGGUGCGCCUCUUGGCCGACGCCGGGGUGGACUUCUCGCUGGCCGACGCCAUCAAUUCGGAGUUCAAGGCGAACCGCACCAACGAGAAGGCCGAGCUCCAGGAGCUCAACGACCGCUUCGCCAACUACAUCGACAAGGUGCGCUUCUUGGAGCAGCAGAACAAGAUCCUGCUGGCCGAGCUCGAGCAGCUGAAGGGCAAAGGCACCUCGCGCCUGGGCGACCUCUACGAGGAGGAGAUGCGCGAACUCCGUCGCCAGGUGGACCAGCUCACCAACGACAAGGCGCGCGUGGAAGUGGAGCGGGACAACUUGGCCGACGACAUCAUGCGCCUCCGAGAGAAACUUCAAGAUGAGAUGCUUCAGAGAGAAGAAGCUGAAAACACUCUGCAGUCUUUCAGACAGGAUGUUGACAAUGCCUCUUUGGCUCGCCUGGAUCUUGAACGCAAAGUUGAAUCCCUGCAAGAAGAGAUUGUCUUCUUGAAGAAGCUUCAUGAGGAGGAAAUCCGUGAGCUUCAAGCCCAACUCCAGGAGCAACACAUCCAGAUUGAUAUGGAUGUUGCCAAGCCUGAUCUUACUGCUGCCCUGCGCGAUGUGCGCCAACAGUAUGAAAGUGUUGCUACCAAGAACCUUCAGGAAGCUGAAGAGUGGUACAAAUCUAAAUUUGCAGAUCUCUCUGAAGCAGCUAGCCGGAACAAUGAUGCGCUGCGCCAGGCCAAACAAGAAGCGAAUGAGUACCGUAGGCAAAUCCAGUCUCUCACCUGUGAAGUGGAUGCCCUUAAAGGAACCAAUGAAUCCCUGGAACGCCAGAUGCGUGAGAUGGAGGAAAACUUUGCUCUUGAAGCUGCUAAUUACCAAGACACUAUUACUCGUCUCCAAGACGAAAUCCAGAACAUGAAGGAAGAAAUGGCUCGCCAUCUUCGCGAGUACCAAGAACUCCUGAAUGUCAAGAUGGCUCUUGAUAUUGAGAUUGCCACUUACAGGAAACUGCUGGAAGGAGAGGAGAGCAGAAUUUCCAUGCCUAUUCCGACCUUUGCUUCCCUGAACCUGAGAGAAACAAACCUUGAGUCUAUUCCAGUGGACACCCACUCAAAGAGAACACUCCUAAUCAAGACUGUUGAAACUAGAGAUGGACAAGUUAUCAAUGAGACUUCUCACCAUGAUGAUCUGGAGUGAAGAGAGAACAGCACAUCUUGAAUUUGAACUCAUACCAGCAUGACUAAAAAGAGAAACAGCCUUCAAGUGCCUUUCUGCAGUUUCUUCCAAGAGCGCAAGGUGGUUAUGCUAGAAGAAAUAGAUCUUAGAUCUUGCAAAGCUGACUCUCUCUCGAUGGAUCUAGGAAAGCUUAACAAAAAAGGGAGUCUAGUUAAGAUAACAAUAUAUUGUGCUGCAAUACUGUUUUUUAAGUUUCUUAAUUGAAUAAAAUGGCUUUUUUUUUCCAGCACAGUAUGAGCAACCUCUUACUGCUUCAAUAAACAUUUGGGAAAUGGC